AUAGUAAAUAUAUUUAAAUGAUAGAGACUGUUAAUCUCCAUAUGUGUGAUUAUAAUUCUGUGUGCAGAUUUCCAAGUGUAAUUUAUUUCAUACAUUUUUACGUUUUGAAUAUUUUCUUGACCUCCCACAUUCUAACGUGAGACUAUAAAUUCAUUAUCAUGGUUGAAUCGAUUUCUCUAUCUGCCCCAUUUGUGUUAAUCCCUUUUCUCUCUUUUAAGUACUCCAUAGUUCUGCUUCACCUUCAGUUAUUCCUUUAUCUCAAUCUCAAUGCCCAAGACCAAACAUUCUCCUCCCCCGUUUUAUAAAUUCUUUCUGCCUGUUGUUAGCCGUGAGGAUGAGGCACGAGUUACAUCUUUUGAAUUUUUUUUUAUUCUGAUUUUUUAUUUUCAUCCCUUUAUAAUCCUUUUUUUUUCAUUCCCAGGAUGAAGGCGAAGUGAUGCUGGAGUUUGUCAGGCAGUUUAAGGAUGAAUUAAAAGAGAAUUGGUUAUUGAUUGAUGAUGGGGGAUGUACCAACGUCGUUAAGUUUAACAUGAGUGUUGUUAGACCUAGAUUAACCCAUGGAUGGAAGCAGUUGAGAAAAGAUUAUUAUCUGCGAGGAACUUGCACUAUAUGGAUGCAUUUGAUUGAGGAUUGUGUUUUUAACAUGUAUAUUUUCAAUAGUGAAGGCAAGGAACUUUAUGUACCUGGCGCUCCUCUUAGAGAUAUUUACAAAUCAGAUGAUGAUGAUGAUGAAUUUUAUAGUAAUCUUCGACAAAGCCUUUCUUCAGAAAGUUCCUUGCUUGAUCAUAUAGAGUGCGAUGGGUAUAUUUCUGCCCAAAGUAGUGGAGUUGUUGCAACAACGGAUCUAACAAUUCGUCAACAACUCGAUGUAGAAGGAGGUCAAGAAGUGCCUGAUGUUGUUGCUGCUGAUAAUGUCGUUGAUGGUGCAGAAAUAGAACCAGAAAUAAUUGAAAAUGAUGAUGGCUUAGUGGAUGGAGAUGUUAUAAUUCCUGUGGCGCCUAUCCCAGAUCCUGGCAUCAUUUUUCAGUGUAUUUUCACAUGCACUCUUACUACAUACUAUGCAACAAAGAGUCAUUUGUAUGUCCCAAAGGAUGCUGCUGCGUAUCUCAUAGAAGCUGGCCUACACAGUUGGAUGUUCGUAGGUCCUAAAAGAAUCCCGUUUGAGUGUCGUAUUCUAAUCAGUUCCUGUCAUCGUUAUGCCAAAAUUGGAAGUGGAUGGAGGUUCUUCUGUGAAGCUAACCAGUUCUCCCCGGAUGACUAUUUACUAUUUCAAUUUACAAGCCCGGAAGAAGGAAUUGCAUACGUGAACUAUGGAGACCAAAUUGACAUUUAGAUAGUAUUGUAAUUGUUAGUGUGUUUCAAUGAAUGGGUUAAAAUUGUAUGGGGUGUUUCUUCAUGUGCCAGAGAAAAAAAAAAUUCUCAUUAUGUUUUGCUCUUAGGCAUG